AUGGCAAUGGGAGGCCGUAGCAGAAGUAGGAAGAAAAAGCUGCUGAGUACGCAAACUCUGCGCACUGAAAAUACUCAGGAAGAAGGAAGCCCACCCGAGGAAGAAGUAACAGAGUUCUUCUCUAAGUCCUCAGGAAGAACUGUGGAGGUGGCAAAAAUGUGCGAACAGUACUCCUGUGACUGGAAGGCUAUUUGCACAGUUUUCGUAAGGAAUGAAAUGGACUACCUGGAAGGUCUUGAAGAAGAGGAAGGCACCCCAUACAGGGCAUGCAGGAAGUAUGCUGGAAGGGAGACCUUCAAUGGUCUUGAGGUCCUGAAAGAAAUAAAGGAAGUGGUCUCGGAUGAAGAGUCCGCAAGCGACUCCCAGGAAGAACGGCAGGAGUCAGCAGCAUUUGAAACUGAAACAAACCAGCGACAGGUAAGUCUUAGCUCAGAAACAGAAGAAACCAGCAAGGAAGAAGCACCCACAAUCUGCGAAGCAGCAGAAUGCUUCAUAGGAAGUGAAUACAAGGCAGUCUUCGAAGACUCCAAAGGAGAAAGCUUCAUCACCUAUGUCUGCAGCUGCCAUACAAAAAUGACAGUACCGGACAUGAAACUAAAGGAAACCAAACCACUGAACAGGUCUAUGUCCGCUUACUCGUUGGACUCAAUACAGGUAAGCCAAGACUAUGUAAUGGAAGAAAUCGUUUCUAGGACGUUAGAUACCAUGGAGAAGGAGCUUGGUCAAACCCAAGACUCCAGAUGUAUACUAACCAGACCCUACAAGGAGCGCACCAUGCCAAGAGACAGAGCAAGUCCCUACUAA